AUGUUGCUCAACGACCUCUUUGCACUCCUGUGCAUGUGCACCGUCUUCGCCACUCCUAUCUUGGUAGAAAAGCGUUACACGGCAAUCCGCAUCAAAUCUUAUCGGAACAAUGAAUGCCUUCAUCCCAACGGUGACAAGUCAACUUGGGGUCCUGGAACUCAAGUAGGUACCACCGGCUGCGAUAAGGCUGCUAUGCGGACUGCUAGUCCUGGAAGUGGAAACAUCGUCUUGUACAACACUGAUUUAGUCGUCGACGCUGGUACUGGAAUUGAGAAUGGUGAGCAGGUGACACUUGCCGCGAAAUCAUCAGGAAAAUUCCAGCAGACAUGGUACUGGACCAUCGAUGAUCGACUUGCUAUAACAGGCGGGACACAGUGUCUUGACCAAGGCAGUGAAGAAGAAGGAACUCAAACUUGGAAAUGUAUAUCCGGUAAUACCAAUCAAAUCUGGAUUUGCCAGACUCCCAUUCCUGAAAAUCCAGUUUUUGAUCCACCUUUAGGUAAUAUCUACGAUGACUCUUCAACAGGCGGGAAAAGAUUGCAUCCUGUUGGAAGAUCAGAUUUAGCUUUGACUCUAGAUGGAGGAUUUGAAAUGAGCGGUAGAAGCGCCGUCAUAGCUUAUUCCCAGCCUAAUGAAAGUCCAAACUCCUCUGCUCAGCUUCUCAAUCUUACUAUUGGAAGCGGCAUCUUUGUUUCCUCAUUACAUGACUCUACGACUUGCCUGGAUGCUGGAUAUGAUCCUCACAAUGGGGCAAUCGCAAGAUUUAUCAAUUGCGGUGAGGCAGCGAGAUGGGAUUGGGAUGGUAGUAAGCUCAAGUUAUUUAAUCAAAAUCUAUGCCUUGAUGUCCAAGCUGAAUCUGUUCGCUUGAAUGAGAUUCUCAAAAGACUUCAAGUCUGGGAAUGUAUUCAAGGUAAUACCAAUCAAGAGUUUUUCACUUUGACUUGA